AUGCUGGCUAUUUACCGGGAGGGCUCGCUCCCGAGACUUUCGCCGCCGCCGCGCAAGGGCCACAUGACCAGGGAGAGCUGGCGGGCAGACCUCGAGGUGGCCCUCGCCUCUCGGCCAGGGCUCUUCGAUGCCUUCAUCUGGCUGGAUGCGCACUGGGACGAGCUCGCGACUCCCUUGGGCGACCUGCCACGUUCAUUAGGGCGCGCUGCACCACCCUCUGCCCGAGGGUCUCGCGGAGCCUCCCAAGACAUCCUGCCGAUUGCGGUUGAGGCCGUCCGGGAGCUCUCUGCCGAGAAGGUCUUGGGCCAUGGGCUCGAGGAGGCAUCCCUAGGGCGAUGGAGCGGCGGCCUCCGCCAGUGGGUCUGCUGUAUUUUGUCCGCCCUCAACUUCCAUUAUCUCGGAGCGGGCGCUGAGCCACCUCGGAAGGGCCCGGCACUGAGGCUGUCGCAGCCUCAACUCAGGCUGGUCCGGCAUGUUGCGAUGGCUGUCGUCGCAUUCGUGUCCAGCCAGCCUGACGCCGCUGGGCAGGCACCGUCGCUGAAGGCCCUCAGGAAGAACCUCACGACGCUUCCAGUGGACUACGGGGCCUCGGGCCUGGUUGUCAAGAUGGAGGCGCUCACGCCAAGGAGGGUCAUCCCAGCAUGGCCGGCAGUGGGGUCCGCGGCAAUCCAGCCCGUUACCAAGUUCCUCGAGGGCGAGGUGCUUGAGAAGGUCGUGGAUCCCAGCUCGAACCUCCUGGACCGGGCCUUUUGGCCCGCGGCAACUAGGAAGAGUUACGUCCGUGCUUCUGACGGGGCCUGGGCUGACUUGGUGGCCGCGGCAUUCCAAAGGGGCAUGAUGAAACCAGUGAGGGAGGAGGAUGUGUUCCGCGGCGUCGACGGCCAGCCUGUGUACAACGGGGCCGGCGGCGUCGAGAAGAUCAAGUACAAGGACGGAGUGCGACAGGAACUCCUCCGCUUCAUCAGCAUCUUUUGCCCCAUCAACGACUACCUGACCCGCAUCACGGGGGACGACGACAAGUUGCCGUACGUCGGGCAGGUCACCCUCCUUCAUUUGGAGGAGGGAGAAGAGGUUCUCAUCGACUCCGAGGACUUCGAGAGCUGCUUCAACCUUUUCACUCUGCCCGACUCGUGGCUCGGGUACUUCAGCUACGAGAAAGUUGUACCUGGCAGCGCUAUGGGCCUGCCAGAGAAAGAGUGGGUGCGCCCCGCCUUGUGCGUCGUGCCCAUGGGUUGGAACAGUGCCGUCGCCAUCAUGCAGUCGGUUGUCCGACGUCUUGUGUUCGGGCUCGCGCGGGUCUCCCCCGCCACCGAGGUGCAGAAGGGCAGGGACCUACCCCCGCAGGACGACUUGUCCAUCCUUUACCUCGACUCGUACGACCGACUCCGGGUUGUCGACCGGGCUCUCGCCGAGGCCCAGAUGGGGGGGGAGACAGAGGAGCACGCCCGUUUCGUCAACGUGUGCUCCGAGCUCGGCCUCCCGCUGAACACGGGAAAAUCCUUGAUCGGGGCGACGGCGGCAUCCCUUCAAGGGGGCUUUCUGGACAGCUCCCGCGGGACCUUCGGGCUCCAGCCCUCGAAGGGGGCCGACUUGGUCUGGCUGGGCCUGGCGCUGCUGGCCCAGCCUCGGUGGAGCGUGCGAGCGCUCCGGCACUGGGCUGGGAAGGCUUGCUUCGCGUCGGUGUUUCGGAGGCCGCUCUACGCGGUGCUGCAGGAGGUGUUCUGGCAGAUCAAGUUGCUGGAGGCUGGGGCGGCGGUGCCGAAGGACGACGCGUUCGACGAGGUCCUGUCCUUCACCAUCUUCGUCCCGCUCGCCUUCACCAACAUACGCGCCACGCUCGAUGGGAUUGUCUCGUGCUCGGACGCGUCGCUCACAGGCGGCGGAGUUGCGGUGGCGAUGUCGUUCCGGCCGUUCGUUACCGUGGGUUCGGCUUGCCAGCCCAGCUACCGCCAGUCCGGCGAGAGCCCUAUACGGGCCCCUUGCGGCGCCCAGAUCGGCGACCCCCGCAGUGCGGCUGACCACCGAGAGAACUGCGGGAAGUGCGGACGCUGCCCGUGUUUCGCAGAGCGGUUCUCUUGCCCUCGUGCCCCGCUGACGCAGGCAGUGGCGCAGUGGGGCAUUCCUGUGCAGAGGCCCUUCGACGACGCUAUGGGCCGCGAUUUCUUUUCCCAGGAGGGUAAGAAGAUUUUGACCACCGAGCAGGCCGAGACGGCUCCUGGGCCAGACCAGGUGCGGAACGCCAGGCACAUCAUGGGGAUCCCUGGGCUCCCGCGCACUCUCGCGUUCGAGGUGCGGCGAUCCAACGCGAUGGGCAAGAAGGCCCUCGCUUGUGCCUUGGAGCGCCACGGGCAGGGGAAGUAUUGGUGCAUCGAGAACCCUUGCGACAGCUGGCUCUGGGACUUCGCGCAGGCCAAGGAGCUAGAGGAGAAGGAGGGAGUAUUUUACUCUGAGCUCUCCUACUGUUGCUUCGGCGGCGCGCGGAGGGCCACCUGCUUCGCUCACAACUGCCGUGAGCUCCAUGCCAUGCUCCAUCGCGACGGGCCCUGCUCCUGCCCCACGGUGCCGCCUAAGGACCCGUGCCACUUCUACGAGUACCCGGGCGCGCUGUGCCAGAGGUACGCGGAGGUCGUCGCUGGCGUGCUGUCGCGACCCGCGGUGCCACCCCGGGAGGUGGACCCUGCGAGGCGGGAGGAGGCACUGCGUGCCCGGCUCGCCCGAGCAGGGAAAAUGUUCGUCGAAAAGGGCGUCUCGGAGCGCGUGGUCGCGUCCGUGCGUGAGCUCGAGGCUACCAUGGUCCCGGGCCAGGAGAUCGAACAUCUGAAGCUCAUGCUCCGCAAGUGCGACCACCGGGGCACUGACGUGAGGCUGAUCGUCGACGAUCCUUUCCAUUCGUCCCCUGCUAGGGUGCCGUACCCCGCUCUUGAGUGGGAGUGGAAGACCGUGCUGUCAUGGCGAUGGCAGCACGAGCAGCACAUCAACAUCCUUGAGGCGCACGCGGCGGUGACCUGGUUGAGGCGGCGUGCCAAUUCAAUCAUGUACCACUCCCGGCGCUACCUGCACAUCCUGGACUCGCUGGUCGUGACGGGUGUGCUCACCAAAGGCCAUUCUUCUUCUAAGCGGCUGAACCGCGUGUGCCGCAAACACAUGGCGGUAUCACUUGCAUGCGAUAAUUACCCUUUUUAUGCCUGGACGAUUUCUGCGUGGAACUUUAGCGACUUUGCCUCGAGGUCCCUCGCCCUGCCCACGUCGUUGUCGGAGCUCGAUCACAUUGUGUCUGAGUUCAUCAACGAGUGUUGGCAGGAAGGUGAGCCCAUCGGCUUCUGCGGCCACCUCCUGAGCGGCCUGCAGCGCUUCUUCCCACAAUGCAAGCACCACCUCAACACGAGUUGGCUGUUCUACAACAAUUGGAAUUCGACAGUCGUGCCCACUAGAGCCACGCCGUUCCCGAAGCAUAUUGUGGCUGCUCUGGCCUCCGCUGCGGCCCAGGCGGGGGAUUUGAGGUUGGCCGCAGGGCUUCUGGUUGGGUUUACUGCAUUUCUUCGGACUACCGAGCUUUUGUCGCUCGAGAAACGCCAUGUCCGGCUCUUCCCUGAAUCCAACACGGUCUUCAUAGCAUUGGAGUCGACCAAGACUGCCGGGAGAAAGAGGGCCCGGGAGGCGGUGCACUUCGUGGACCGCGUCAUUCUGACAUUGCUGCAGCGGGCCAUGUGCGACCUUUCUGACGACGACCCCCUCGUCCGCCAGAGGGGAGGCGCCUUUUCGAGGGCAUUCCAAGCUCUCCUGAAGUUCACCCGCCUUGAGCACGUAGGGUUCCAGCCGUACUCCCUACGGAGAGGGGGGGCCUCGUGGUACUUCACAAAGGUCCAGAGCAUGGACGCGACGAUCGUACGAGGCCGAUGGCAGAACCCACGAACAGCGCGCAUCUACAUUGAGGAUAGCACGGCCGCAUUGGUGCUGCUGCAGUUACCCGCCGAAAGUGCGGAGAUUGUUAGGUGCCUCUGCAGGCCGGCCUCGCUCGGCAGCGGCUCCGAGGCUUGA